AUGGUGUUGCCUCCUGGCCUCCAUUCUUCUCAUUCUCAUAAGGUUUGCAAGCUUCAAAAGUCCCUUUACGAGCUUAAACAAGCUAGCCGCCAAUGGUUCUCAAAACUCACCUCUGCCUUGCUCGCAUUGGGUUAUGUUAAGUCCUCUUCUGAUUAUUCUCUUUUCAUCAAGCACCAUGACAGUUCCAUCACUGUCUUGCUGGUCUAUGUUGACAAUAUAACUUUAGCAGGCAAUAAUCUUGGUGAAAUUGAUCAUGUAAAGAGGUAUUUGGAUGCUGCUUUCAAGAUAAAGGACUUAAGCGAUUUAAAAUUUUUCCUUGGCUUAGAAGUCGCUCGUACAGCUGCUGGUAUUGCAUUAUGUCAACAUAAAUAUGCUCUUGAUAUCUUAUCUGAUGCAGGGUUCUUGGAUUCUAAACCUGCCAAGUCUCCGAUGGAUUGCUCCUCUAAGCUUAGUCAAUCUCAUGGUGACACCUUGCAUGAUGCUUCUUCCUAUCAUCGACUGAUUGGCUGUUUACUUUACCUUACUUCUACUCGUCCUGACAUCUUUUUUGUCGUCCAACAAUUGAGCCAAUACUUAAACAAGCCUACCUCUCAGCACCUUCAAGCAGCCCAUCGAGUUCUUUGCUACAUCAAAGGUUGUCCAGCUUAUGGUCUUUUUUUUCCUGCUAGAUCCUCUUUAGCUCUUCAAGCCUUUAGCGAUUCUGAUUGGGCAAGAUGCAUUGACACAAGGCACUCGGUGACUGGUUUCUGUGUCUUUCUUGGAUCAUCCUUGAUCAACAGGAAGGCUAAGAAGCAGCCUACUGUAUCACGUUCCUCUUCAAAAGUUGAGUAUCGUGCUCUCGCUUCCACAGCUUGUGAGUUACAGUGGCUGCGUUAUCUUCUUCAAGAUCUCCAUGUUGAUCACCCUCAAUUUGCUUUGAUUUUUUGUGACAAUAAAUCGGCUCUCCAGAUUGCUGCCAAUCCGACAUUUCAUGAACGCACAAAGCAUAUUGAAAUAGAUUGCCAUCUGGUUCGUGAGAAAGUGCACAAUGGUCUCCUUCACCUCAUGCCUUAUUCCUCAACUGAUCAGCUAGUUGAUGUUUUUACGAAGCCGCUUGCUGUCGCUCCUUUUCAUGCAAUUAUUUCCAAGCUAGUUAGUUAA